GCCAUCUUGUGACUUUUGGCGGGAACAGUUGACGUUUUACUUUUUAAAGAUGUUGAAGAUAGCAGCUAUUGUUUCACUGAUGCUGAUUGCGACAUGGUCCCAGGCGGACUCUAGGAAACACAAAAAGGAUGCUACGGCCCCGGAAGACUUUGAGCCAUCAGGCAGCACCCUGUGGGCUGCUGGCAUAUCCUGCGACUCCUGCGGGAGUGAGUGCGCGUCAGCAUGCGGCACCAGGCACUUCAGGUCGUGCUGCUUCAACUACCUGAGGAAGAAACGCGGCCCUGAAGGCGUUAAGUUCUGGUAUCCCAACCCUCAAGAGAUGAAAGAGAAUCAAGUGGAUAAAAUGCCGGUAUAUUUGGUCAAGAGCCUACCCGAGCCUUGGUACGCCAGCCUGUCAAACGAUUUCAAACCUUACCCCUUCGAAGAUGCGGUCGACAACCACAUGCAGAUCGUGUAUGAUGCUUAAGUUUUAAAUUUUUAAAGGCUGCAAUACCAUUUCAAAAUGUCUCUAUGGCCAGCAAUAUACCUUUAAAAAAAGUUUGGAUUGCCCGUCUGGUGUUUAGCCACCAUAUUAUUUUCACAGAUUAACUAUGAAGUGAAAAAUAAAACCUUCAUGUAAAAAAGUUGUCAAAACUUUUUUUUUAUAUAAAAAAUGGUCUUUUUGGCCAGUAAAUUGCUGAAGAUAGAGCAUUUUGACCGUCAAUUUUUUAAGAAUGAGAGUCACCUGAGUAUAUUUUUACUAAAUUAUAGCAAAGCUAGCUUUUAAGUACAAUAUUAGAUUAAUAAUAAAUUAAUUUAUAAGGCUACCGAUACCAUAAUUAUGUAAACUAGCCGAGACUGACAACUAUCAUGGGCAUUUUUUGUAAUAACUAACUCAAACUGAAAAUGUACUUUUGAAAUUUUCUUUGGUCAUUUUCCAAAAAAUCCGCAAGCUGA